CUUUUGCUACAUUUUAAGAGCUAUGGCGUCUCAACAGGAGAAGAAACAGCUAGACGAGAGGGCCAAGAAGGGAGAAACGGUCGUGCAAGGUGGCACUGGAGGCAAAAGCUUCGAAGCUCAACAGCAUCUUGCUGAAGGGAGGAGCCGAGGAGGCACUACACGGAAAGAGCAGUUAGGAACUGAAGGAUAUCAACAGAUGGGACGCAAAGGAGGUACUAGAACUGGAAAGGCUGACGAUGAAGAUGAAGGAGAGGAGAUGGAUGAACCCACAUCCAGGACCAGGACUUAAUCUAAAAGGCUCUCGAUGGAUGUGUAAUAAAAAUCCUAUGUCAAAUAUUUCCAUGUAGAAGGCGUGUUUGGUUUCUUGUAAUAAGUUCAUCUUUGGUUCACAAGAUGAUAAUGACCAUGUUUGUAUGUUUU